AAAAAUCAUUCUUUUUCGUUUUUGUAGUUGAAAAAAGAUUCCUACAUUUAUCUUUAGUCAAACACACACCUAACCCCAUCAUCUCCCUCACCUUUUUCCGACCACCGUCACCAACCAUGUCACCACCGCCACCGUUCUUCUGGGGCGAAACCCCAGAAGAAGAAUUCUACAAAUCACAAGGCGUUCGUCACUCAAAAUCCUUCUUCCAAACUCCAUACGACACCAAAAUCUUGACUCAAUCAUGGCACCCAUCCGACGAAAACCAGCCCCUAAAAGGCGUGGCGUUCAUGACCCAUGGAUACGGAUCUGACUCCAGCUGGUGCUUCCAAAAGAUCUGUAUCGCGUAUGCUCAGUGGGGUUAUGCUGUUUUUGCUGCCGACCUUAUUGGUCAUGGCAGCUCAGAAGGUCUUCACGGUUAUAUUGGUGACAUGGAUAAGGCGGCUGCCACGUCAUUAUCGUACUUUGUCAGUGUUCGUCGCAGCGAGCAGUAUCGUGAUCUCCCGGCCUUUCUUUUUGGGGAAUCAAUGGGUGGGUUGAUCACGUUUCUGAUGUAUUUACAAUCCGAUCCUGACACGUGGACCGGAUUGAUAUUUUCGUCCCCGCUUUUUGUUAUCCCUGAGGGAAUGAUCCCUUCUAAGUUGCAUUUGACAAUGUACGGACUAUUGUUUGGAAUGGCGGAUACAUGGGCAGCAAUGCCAGAUCCUAAGAUGGUGGGAAAGGCGAUUAAGGAUAUGGAGAAAUUAAAGAUAAUAGCCGUGAACCCAAAGCGAUAUGCUGGGAAGCCGAGGGUGGGGACAAUGAGAGAGGUUGUUAGAGCGACAAGUUAUGCACAAAAGAACUUUGACAAGGUUAAUGUUCCAUUUUUUGUUGCUCACGGUACAUCGGAUGGAUUGGCUUGUCACACUGGGUCGGAGACGUUGUAUGAGAAGGCCGCAACUGCAAAGGAAGACAAAAUGUUGAAGUUGUAUGAAGGAAUGUACCAUUCGUUGAUUCAAGGGGAGCCCGAUGAUUCUGUUGUGCUUGUGUUGGCUGAUAUGAAAGCUUGGAUUGAUGAGAAAGCGCAAAAGUUUGGUCCUAAAUGUGAUGGUAACGAAUGACUUUGUCCCAGAUUAUAUCUCAAAAUUUUGUAAGUGUGUGAUUCAUCUGAUGGUGCUUAAGAACAGAGCGUAUGAGCGUUAUUUGUCACUGAUUAUCAUUUUGUAUUUGAUACGCUUGAUCUUAAUAUGGUAUUUUGGUAUCAAGAAAUUUAGGGAAUGAAGAAUUUGAAGUUCCAAUAA